AUAUCUGACUACUUCUCAAGCUUUCAAGACGCGGCAAUACAAAACAUUACUUUGUGAAAUUAUCAUUGUAAUGCUAUUUGGCAUAUAACUGGUUUAUUGACACAUUAUUAGUGUGGAAUAUGGACAAAGGGCAGAACAUGGAUCGGUAUUCAAAAAGAUCUAUUAAACCAGGCAAUGAUACUGAAGAUAGCGAAAUUGGUCAAACCAAGAAGCAGAAAAUGGACGCUGAUUAUUUUGAGAAUUAUGGUGAUAUAGCUAUACAUGAAGAAAUGUUACGAGACAAGAUACGAACAAACGCUUACAGAAUGGCUAUAUUAAAGAAUUAUAAGAAGUUUUAUGGUAAGACAGUACUAGAUGUUGGAGCUGGGACGGGUAUUUUAAGUUUAUUCUGUGUUCAAGCUGGAGCUAAAAAGGUGUACGCUAUAGAAGCUAGUCAAAUGGCUGAGCAGACGAGAAGAAUUGUAAAAGAAAAUGAAAUGGAUGACAGAAUUGAAGUAAUAAACUGUAAAGUAGAGGAGGCGGAGUUAUCAGAAAAAGUUGAUAUUAUUGUUAGUGAAUGGAUGGGAUAUAAUUUACUGUACGAGUCUAUGCUGGAAUCCAUUUUAUUCGCCAGGGAUAAAUUUUUAAAAAAGGAUGGCCACAUGUUUCCUGAUAAAGCUACCCUAUAUUUGGCACCAAUUACUGACGAUGAAUAUACAGACAGAUUGUGUAUUUGGAAUGAUGUUGAAGAUUUUUAUAAAGUAUCUAUGAAAAGUAUGAUACCGUAUGCCAGACAAUGCAUAUCGAAAACUGUCCAGAUAAUGUGUAUUCCCCAAGAAUGGGUUCAGUCCCACGGUUGUCAAAUAUUUAUUUCUAAUUUAAAAACAAUCAGUUUAUCAGAAAUACAGACCGUCCAGAGUAAUUUUGAAUUUAAAUGUUUCGGCCAUUCUACAAUCCAUGGAUUCGUGACUUGGUUUACUGUAGAAUUUCCUGCUAAUAUAACGUUAACCACUUCACCUUAUACCGAUGAAACUCAUUGGGCUCAAACUGUACUCCACAUCAGAGACCCUUUCAGUGUUGAACAGGAUACUACAAUUAGUGGAAGUAUAACAAUAAAACCUAAUGACGGUAAACCCAGGUUUUUGGAUAUCUGUCUUGUACAUAAAAAGGACGAAGGUGAUGUAAAGAUUGACAAAUUCUUAAUGGACGAACAUUUGACAUGAAGGGUGAAUAAGUGGCUAAGGGGGUAGAAUGGAUUUCUACUCUCCGGUGUAAUAAAACCAAAUAAAUAGGGAUGACCUUGGCAUUGCUGAAGUAUUCGAGUAUGAAGGCUUACAUCGUGAUGAUAAGUGUAUUUAAAGUCGAUGUGUGGACGGAGAUGUGGAUAUAUUCAGAAUGUUUCGAGUUCCAACAGCUAAUUUAUGAGUAGCUGAGAUGACAUUUUGUGUACAACCUGACAUUAUAUUGUGACUGGUAGUAUUAUAAACUAGAUUAAUAAACACCGAAUGACUAUCAUAGGAAUUAAACACAACAUGUACAGUUGUGACAUCAGCUUGACUAUGAUAAAUCUAAAGACCGAGUGCACCAGAUGUGAUAUCAGCAUGACUAUCAUAGGAAUUAAACACAACAUGUACAGUUGUGACAUCAGCUUGACUAUGAUAGGAUCUAAAGACCGAGUGCACCAGAUGUGAUAUCAGCUUGACUAUGAUAGAAAUUAAACACAACAUGUACAGUUGUGAUAUCCGCUUGACUAUGAUAGGAAUUAAACACAACAUGUACAGUUGUGAUAUCCGCUUGACUAUGAUAGUAUUUUGACCAUGUACCAGUUGUGUUAUCAGCUUGACUAUGAUAGGAUUUAAACACAGCAUGUACAGUUGUGAUAUCAGCUUGACUAUGAUAGGAUUUUUAAACGUGUACCAGUUGUGUUAUCAGCUUGACUAUGAUAGGAUUUAAACGCCGAAUGUAACGACAGUUGUGAUAAUCAGCUCAGCUAUGACAGGAUUUAAGCACACAAUGUAACAGUUGUGAGAUCAGCCUGACUAUGAUAUGAUUUAAGCACACAAUAUUUCAGUCGUGAAACCAGCCUGACUAUGAUAGAAUGUACAGUUGUGAUACCAGCUUGACUAUGAUAGGAUCUAAACACACCAAAACAUAGAAAUAUGCAGUCUAUUAUACAGCUUUAGAAAUUUAUUGGAUACAUGAUUAAACUUAUUAGACCCUCGGCAGUUGGAAUUCGAUAUAGGAGUAGGGCGUGGUGUCGCUGUCCGGGAAAAAUUCCCCUCUUAUUUCAUAGUGUAUUCGAAGUGUUCAAGGAUUUCAAUUCAAAACAGGUCAUCGUGUAUACCUCAAGUGUAAAAAUAAAACAAAAAUAGACACGG